AUGCAGCAUCACGAACUCCCUAGUGAAUCCACAGUCCGGCCACGAUUUGGUCGCAACGGGCCUCGGUCCCGGCAUGGGUGCUUAACUUGUCGUGGACGCAAGCUGAAAUGCGAUGAGCGACGGCCAUUUUGCAUGAGAUGUGCCAAAACAAGGCUCAAAUGCGAAUGGGACCAGUCAAAACGAACUCGCCCUCUAUACGUGCAAUUGACUCCCAGAGACAGUCCUCCCAACGAAGAAGAGGCCGGCGGUCUUCUCAAUCGCAAUGUGGACACACCGGCCGAAGUAGGCGAGCAAUCUGUCACGGCAUCUAAUGUGUCUCCGAGUCUCGAUGGCAUUGCACAAUGGCUGGCUCAACUUCGUCGCGGCAGCCCGAUAAUAACUCCACUGCGACCCACGUUAUCUACAAACCACCUUCCGUUACGCAACUCAUUGGUGCUGGAUCAACAGGCCUGGGAAUGCUUCAACUACAUACCGAGCUCCGUGCUAGUCCAUAACAUCGGAAAGCCAUGGACCUGGAGUAUGUUCGCCUAUAUCCACUCGAAUAUCGCCACCUGGGAACCCGGGGUCAUGAGGGCCUUUAUCGCGACAGCUUCCACAGAAAGGUUGCGUCUUCACUCUGGAGACAGCACAUCGCAGGCAAGGACUCGGGAGCUUCGACAAUUAAGCAUGGUACACUACCGUCACUCACUCAAGGACCUUGCCUCGGUUGUUGAAAGAGCGGCCAGCGUCGACCGAAGCCCCGCCGAUCUUGAUGCGCUAUUUGCCUUGUGGUAUUUGAUUUUGGCAUUCGAAAGCUCUCACGAAGAUCUCUUCUCGGUGUCACAUGUGCACCUCAAUGGCAUACGCUCCUUCUUGUCCAAAGCUUUUGCCAGCAAGGGACCUGGGGGGAAAGAGCCGCAGUUGCCGCCUGCGUCACAGCAGCUGUUGCUGCUGACAGUCUUUCACGAUACCCAACUCAUCCCGCGAAACGCCGAAGCAGGCAAACUAUCUCAAGACCUGUACUCUGCACCAGCGAACACUUCUAUUUCGAUGGGCCGCCUCUUCGAAGAGGCGAGAGUGUGCCUGCCCAAGAUCUACGGGUCUGCAUAUCCAGUUCAGGAGUUCAUGGAUGAUAUAGAAAACUACCGCGCGCUAAGCCUGCUCCAUAGAGCCUUGAAGCUCAAGCUGAACGUGUUGAAGUUGGGGAUGGCUUCAAUGGAGAAUCCAGUGGACGAAAGGACUCUGAGGCGAAUGGGCAAUCAAAUUCAAUCCGUCGGCCAAGAGUUCUAUGACCUUAUUGCCAUGGCGCGGGUCAUCCAGAGUUCCGGCGGCCGACGAGUUGUUUUCAGCAUCUUCCACGCGGUGCUCGAGUAUCACGCUGUCAAAGUGCUGUAUUGCUGCCUUGUCGAGCCAGCUUCUUGUCGUCGGUCCUAUUUCUCGGACGUCCUCUCCGGUCGAGGAUGUGUGCACGACACUUGUCGUCAACCUCAAUUGGUUGGUCCUAAUAGUGGUUGUUCCUCGAUGCCCGCGGCAGACGUACCUGACACCUCAAUGAGCGACCUUCUGGAAAUCGCGCACAAGGCGUUGGCUGAAGAUCCAUCCCUGGUCUACAGAUACACCGCACCUCUAGCGGUCGCACUGCUCAAGACUAAGGAUGCCAUACAUCGUGAAUGGAUACGCAGCCAACUGUUGCGGGCUCAUGUCCUUUUCCCUGACCCUGGCGGGCUACCAUCCCGGUUGCUCGAGGGCGGCAACAAUCACGAGAUGAAUAUGACCAUAGCGGGCACAUCGGCGUUGAUUGAGAAUUGGCCAAAUACCUUUGACUUGUCCGGACCUGCCACGGCUAGCAACCCUGUUUGA